AGUCCUACUUUGUCCACCACGCCGGCGGUUGAUCGCGAGCUUUCGGUGUGCUUAAACGCAAAUAGAAAGAUUUAUUGCGAAUUAAUUCCCUUUUUCGUGAACUCACUUCAUCAUUCGCCGUAUGAAUAAUAUUCACAACAGUGGAUAAAAGAAGUGAUUUGUUGUGAAUGAAAUCUGCAUACAAAUUAGGAAAUUUUUUAAAACACUUUUUGAAUGCAUAACUGAUUGUUAUUUCUUCGGUAUCAAAAUCCCGGUUGAUAAAAUACAUAAGAUAUUUGAGCCGGUUAUAUUAAUGCAAGUCCUUGAAUUUGCUAUUACUUACUUUAUCUCAAUUGCAUACAUAUUCCGCAUCUCUCUCAACAUAAUCAAUUGUGUCUUGUCUUGCAACCAAAUCAGACCUUAGAAGAAUUUUUGCUGAUAUUUCUAUAUCAUUAAGUUUUCUUCGUGAAAAUAUUGUGAAAAAUUUCUGUGUGAUAUUUAUGUGGAUGUCGCCUUGGGUUAAAUUGUGCGGUUUUAUUGCCAUAAAAUCAAAUUCACGUGUAUGCUUUUUCUCUACUAGAUGAGAUAUUAUUCCCACAAUUUUUUUAUAAUAAGACUCUGUGAGAAACAAUAAGAUAGAAUUGUGGAUUUUUUGCUGAUCAUCUUCACACGUGAAGUGAUAGUUUAAUCAAAUAAUUUAUGUGAUAUUAAUUCGCAUGUUUAUGUGGCCUUACAGUAAAACAUAAUUUCCCGUGAACUAUAAUAACUCUUCUUCGUCAUUUUUUGGAACCCUAAUGAUUCAUUUGGCAAGUGCUGAAGGUGAAACAGAUGUGAAAAUUGCAAGAGGAUAUUCUAUCAUAUCUAAUAGUACCUACUAUUGUGCAAUUGAGAAGAGCUGAAGGUCCAUGGGAAGACACCUUAAUUCACUUAAUUAUCGUAAUAUUCGAUAGUAAAAGAUUUUACCAACUCUUCGACACGCUCUUGUAGUAAAUUUUAGUGAGAAAAAAAAGUUUAAUCAUAAAGGCCAUAAAAAUGAAGAUCCCAUCAUGGUCUUUACUAGUGCUUUCCAUCAUAAUUGUCACCCCUGCUGUUCACAGCCAAGUAUCAUCAUUGGAUUCAGGUCCUAUGCUGCAAUUUUUUCGCACAGCCCGUCAAUUUUUAUUUGAUUUCUUGGAGAAUUCAACGGAUGAGCAGCAGCAUAUACAGAAAAAUAUUCAAGAGCAAACGAUUCAACGUCAAGUGAGCAACAGGGAGGAAUUUAUCUGUGAUAUAGAUGGACCUGGAAGACGUAGUUCUCAAGUACCAGAAUCCGUCCAUCGACUUCGCCCAGGCGACAUUGAUAUAGUUGGAGCAAUCGGCGACUCGCUGACUGCUGGCCUAGGUCUUCUUGCCACAAAUAUACUAGAAGUAUUCGCAGAAAAUCGCGGAGCACAGAUGACGAUAGGUGGUCAGGGUACUUGGCGGCAGUUCCUUACUCUACCAAAUAUUCUCAAGGAAUUCAACCCAAACUUGUACGGGUACACGAAGAAAAAUAGUUUAUCGACACAUCGAGCAUCAAAAUUCAAUGUUGCCGAAGGUGGUGCAAUGUCGAGGGACACGCCACACCAAGCACGAAAUCUUGUUCUGCGAAUGAAGAAUGACCCAAAGGUGGAUAUCGAGAAUCACUGGAAGUUUAUAACGUACUUUAUUGGUGGUAAUGACUUCUGCUUGGACAUGUGCUACGAUCCACCUGAGAAAACGGUUGAAAAUCACGAAAGGGAGUUAACUGAUGUGCUCAGGACACUUAGGGAUAAUUUACCGAGGACUAUGGUCUCAAUAAUUCUUGCCCCAUCAAUAAAAGUUCUUAUGGACACAUACGGCGAACCACCGGAAUGCAUUGCGACGCAUUACUUGGAAUGUCCUUGCUUCUACUCCCUCCACAAUUUACCUCUUCGCAAGAAGUUCCUCAGUGUAAUUGAGGACUUCAAGAGGAAGCAAUGGGAAAUUGCCGAAAGGGAGGAAUUCCACAAUAAAACCGAUUUUACCGUCAUCGUGCAACCAUUCACGGAUAAAAUGUCAAUUCCCAGGAAGAAGAAUGGACUCACGGAUUUCUCCUACAUGUCCCGGGAUUGCUUUCAUCUUUCCCAAAAAGCUCAAGCUCGAGCGGCGAAUGCCUACUGGAAUAACAUCAUGGAGCCAUAUGGGCAGAAAACGCACACGUGGAAGAUGACAUUCCAGGAUUUUAAAUGUCCCACUGAAGAGCGUCCUUACUUAGCCACUAAAUUUAAUUAAUUCAUCCUAAAUAUGC